AUGGAGAAGGACUCCACCUCUCACAGGAGGCCCCGGCCUGGUCUUGGGACCCAGUCCUCAGGAGUGGCAUCUGAACACCUCAGAGUAGCCAGUGAGGGGGUCGAGCUCCAGAGAAGCAGGAGCGUAGGUGGCUUACACCAAAAAGGGGACCCUCCAGGCCGCAUCAGGAAGCUGCUGCACAAGGAACUGGAGUCUGAAAACCAGGGAAAAGAAUCAAGAAAUGACACAGAUGAUCCCAGCUGCCAGGUGAGCCUAGAGGAGGACAGGAAGGAAAGGAGUCAGGAUGCCACAGGAAAACAGGCCCAUAGGAGUGGGAAAAUGGAGCCAGAGACUGAGAACAGUGACUCAGAGGCCAGUGCCACAGAGGAGCAGGACAGCAUGGGAAGACGUACCACAGGGUCCAAGGAGCUGGAGCUGGAGGCUGUGAGACUUAGGGAUCAUCUGGAAAAAGAGAGACCAUCUGUGUUUGUGGAGAUUGACCUGGGAGACCAUGCUGAGGAAGAGGUGGUCACCUGUACUCUGAGAGAAGAGAAGAAGCCACAGAUGGACACAGAGAACUUGUCAGAGGACGAGACGAGGACCAGCUGGGUAUGUUGCAUCCCAUACCCCACAAGAAGAAAGGAUUCUGCUAACCAGAAGGAGCUAGAGCGUGGAACACCACAGAGUUGAAAUUCCAGCUGAUUACUUACUAAAGAAUGGCCUAUAGUGUGAACGCAUCGCAGAGC